AUGCCAUUACCACUCGUACUCAUCAGUAAUCCUAUUGAUUUGGGGAAAAUCAAGCUUGGCAACCUAGUGCCUAACGUCAGUCAGCCUCAUAUCGACGCCUUUGAGCCAAUCACCCUACCAGAGGAUGCAAUACACGUGUCUGAGCAGCUAGACUUCCGAACACGCAUUGAACAAAACAAAGGAUCAACCUUGGAGGCCACUCUUACUCAGCUUCUUUCGGGGUCUUGGAACAACUCUCAUGCGCAUGUGCUCAAUCUUUCGGCGUGCAAGGCCAUGUGCUAUGAGGUCAAGAGUCCUCUCGCCUUCUUCAAAGAGAUCAUAUCUCAAGAUCGCACGCGACUGAGAUUACAAGACGCCAUCGGCAACGGCCACAAGAUGUACGUGAUCACUGCUCUUCGGACUGUGAUAAACGCUGAGGUAUCCCAAUCAAUCUCGACCUCGAAGGAUAUUUCUACAGGGGUUGGUGUUCCACUGGGCGCCAUCCUAGCAGGCGGUAUCGACCCUACAGGUGGACUGGCGGAUAUACAAGGAAAUAUAGGGAGGGGCAACAGCGCACAGCAGACACAGGUGUAUGCUGUUGGCUACAGACGUAUUGGAUUCAAGUGGUUUGCUAGCAAAAGAAUCGACAGCGCUUUCUUGGAUGUCAAGAAUAGGUGGAAGGUCAUGGGUGAGGAGAUGAUGGGUGAUGAGGACGAAGAUGAGGAGGACAUCAUCGAGGCGGACUUGGAGGAGACACUCGACGAUGAUGACAUUGGCGGAGUUGAGACAAUAUCGUAUUGA